UUUGACAAGCCAUCAACAUAACGCAUCACUAAAGUUUUAUCUUCCCUCUUUGAGCCAUUGAUUUAAAAACAUCAUUUUACUUUAUCAAAUACGUGGUGCUAUAAAAAUAAUUGAAAAUGUCUGAAGAGACCGAUGCACCGGUUUUCAGCACUGUUGAUAUCAACAGAGAUGAGGAGGAUCUAUUUGCUUCAGCGGUUCAGGAAGUUAGUCUGGAUUCUGAGGUAAAUGGAACAAGCGAGUCUUUAGAGAAGGUGUCAAUAAGUGAUGUAUCAUCCAUGCCAGCUGUAGUAGGAAGCCCUAUUAUGGAAGAGAUAGCAACAGAACGAGCCAAUAAUAUAAUAAUCACUGUAACAGAGCCUCAAAAGAUUGGUGAAGGCAUGAGCUCAUAUGUAGCUUAUCAUGUUUUAACAAAAACAAAUAUGCCAAUAUUCAGCAAGCAUGAAUUUGGUGUUCUCCGACGUUUUAGUGAUUUCUUAGGCCUGCAUGAGAAAUUAACGGAGAAAUAUCUUCGUUCCGGUAGAAUAAUACCACCAGCUCCAGAAAAGAGUAUUGUUGGUACAACAAAGUUAAAGAUGACAUCAACCCCAUCUACGGAGAGCGCUAAUGGCACCAACGCGUCUGCCAGCCUGCAGUCGCAGUUCGUGGAGCGACGGCGCGCGGCGCUCGAACGCUUCCUCAACCGCGUGGCGCAGCACCCCGUGCUUUGUAUAGAUCCUGAUUUUAGAGAAUUCCUUGAAUCCGAUACGGAGCUACCUAAAGCGACGAGCACGUCAGCGCUGAGCGGCGCGGGCAUGUUGCGGUUGUUCAACAAAGUGGGAGAGACCGUCAACAAAAUCACUUACAGAAUGGACGAGUCUGACCCUUGGUUCGAGGAGCGCACUGCGCGCGUGGAGUGCGUGGAGGCGCAGCUGCGGCGGCUGUGCGGCGCGUGCGAGGCGCUGGCGGGCGAGCGGCGCGAGCUGGCUGCGCGGGCGCACGACGCCGCGCGCGCCGCCGCCGCGCUCUCCGCCGCAGACCCGCACCCGCCGCUGUCUCGCGCGCUCUCGCACCUCGCGGAUUUACACGAGAAGAUUGAACACUUAAGAAUGGAGCAAUCCAAUACAGACUUUUACGUGUUAACGGAACACAUAAAAGAUUACCUCGGUCUGAUUGGUGCUAUAAAGGAUGUUUUCCACGAGAGAGUUAAGGUGUUCCAGAACUGGCAGCACGCGCAGAUGCAACUGACGAAGCGGCGCGAGAACAAGGCGAAGGCGGAGCUCGCCAACAGACCGGAUAAGAUUGAACAAGCUUCUAAUGAAAUUAUUGAGUGGGAAUCGAAAGUUGAACGAGGUCAGCAGGAGUUCGACACGAUCUCUCGCGUGAUCAAGAAGGAGCUGGAGCGCUGGGAGGAGACGCGCGUGGCCGAGCUGCGCGACACCGUGCUGCGCCACCUCCACCAGCACAUGCAGCACCAGGCGCAGUCUAUCCGUUACUGGGACGCGUUCCUGCCGGAGGCGCGCGCUAUCAAAUGAGGGGUGAGCACAUCCCACAACUGCGACAGAAACGACCUUAACACAACAUUAGUGCUACAUUGCAUCACAACACCAAAGACAUUUAAAAAAUAUAUAGACGAGGCAUAAUAAUUUUUUUCACUGGUACUUUCUCUGAAAGGUACUUACUAUUUUGUUAAGUUUAGUGCAACCUCAUGUCCAUGAUAAAAUUUAAUAAAAUCAUACUUAUACUUAAUAUUAUAAAUGCUAAAGUUUAGAUGGAUGGAUUUUUCUUAGAACUUGAAGACUAAACAGCUGAACGGAUUUCGAUUAAAUUUGGAAAUGUGGACGAUAGUUUGCAAGAACACAAACUAUUUUUUUUUUUUAAUUCCGCACGGACGGAGUCGCGGGCAAAAGCUAGUAUUUUAUAAAAGGCUCCAUCUU